CUGGACUCACCAAGCUUCUCAGCUCCUCGACGUUGGAAGCCUAGUACAAAACUUGUCCAGAAAAAACUUACUGUUUACAAACCAAGUGGGAGCACUCGACCCAUCCGGUUGAAAUGGCUACGAAUUACUGAGCGCCUACGAUACCUAUUACGCUGUCGAAAUUCUGAUAUUUCAGAGCGCAAACAUACCAAAUCCACUUGCAUUGGAUACAUAAAGAAGCGGAAGCAUACAUUUUGUUCGUGGACAUUUGGAAUUGUCGCCAUCGUUAUGAUAACAGUUAUCAUUGUACUGCAAACCAAAGCAGAUUUCAGCUAA